CUCAUCUUUCCGUGAAUCUCUCAUAAAAUUAAUAAUGCUUGGUCAAUGGUCAUAAUAUAUUAUAUAUACGAUGGCAACCAACCUUCUCCAAGCAAGAGCUCUCCUCCAAGACUCCUCCAAGGACACUCAACGACUUAUUGUCACAAUUCGUGUCCGGUGCCGAAGCAACCUUCUGGGGUUCAUUGGUUUCUGGGUUCUGGAUUCUUUUUCAGUGACCGUACUCUCUACUACUAUGCAUAGCUAGACUAGUAGCUAGUCUAGUCUAGCCAGAGUACGAGAGCUGAAUGAAAGCUCCAAGAGUUACUAAUGUACAAAAGUUGUUGAGCUGUUGUUGUCGUUGAAUAAGGAAACAAUGGGCAAGGAAGAAGUCAAUACUAAGAUGGAUAAAACAGAGUUGGAGACAACUUCUAGUACUGUAGUCUCAACAAGUGAGAAGGACAAAGCAGAGGAGAUGGAUGCCGGUGUGUCCACCAUCAAAGAUGACAUUCGGCGGUGCGAAAACACGGGAAUUGCCGAGGUGCUCAAGCAACAACAACAGCAAGAGCUCGCAGAAGAAGAUCAUCCAUUGGAAUCAUCGUUCGUUGCUAGCAUCGAACCAUUGCCAAGUGUCUCUCAACAAGGACAACAAGGCGUUGGACCAGGAGCCUUCUUUACCAAUGCCCACAAUGGACACCUGACGCCCGCUGGGAAAACUCCGUUGAAUGUGCUGGGAGCGGAACUGAGAAUGGCCAACAAACCAGGCCUAACCAUCCACAAUAAUACAAGAACAACAAGAAGCAGCAUAAACAGCAGCAGUGCUCAGGAUCCACCAGAAUCCACCACUACAGAUACUCAGGCACAAAAUAAUUCCUACUUGAUGGUUGCCAAUCCAAUCAACGAGCAAGAUGAAGCUACCGCGAGAUUGGGUCUCCCAAAGGCGGAAGAAUACGAUCCAGAAGCCAACAGCAGAACAAACACCACACGCAACCAAAAUGAUGACUUGUCAUCGUCCAAGAAAGCACUCUAUGUGGGGGCUUUUCUAGUGGUAGUGGUAGCAGCCAUUGCCUUGGUUAUCCUGCUGGUGUUGGCGCUCCCCAAAGAAGAGACUGCUUCUUCUUCUUCCAAUACACAUCAUACGGAGCACGACAACAAUCACACAACAACCACUAUUACAAUAACACCCACAGUGGCUCCAACAACCAGCACAACGGAGGAAAUGACACUCCCCGAGUACGUGCUCCAUCUCCUUCCCCACCACACACAGCAACAGAUUCAACAAGACAACACGUCUGCCCAAGCACUGGCAUUCGAUUGGGUAUUGCAAGAUCUGCACAAUGACAACGAUUAUUCCGACGAACGCAUUCAACAACGAUUUGCUCUUGCUACACUGUACCAUGCCACCGCGGGACCGUCCUGGUCGUCCAAUGCCCAUUGGCUGGAUCACAGCGUGCACGAAUGUCACUGGCAUACCAUGGCAUCCUUUGCCCUCAAGGAUACCUUACAAUAUGUUUAUCCAGGAUUCUUGCAAGAAUUCUUUCCUCCUUCGGCAGCUCCACCCACCACGUGCAAUGACCAAGGAUUGUUUCAACACUUGUGGUUGGAUCAGAAUAAUCUGGUCGGAUCCUUGCCGGAAGAAUUGUACUUGUUGACACAUCUCCAAACACUCUCCAUGGGAGUGAAUCGAUUGCAGGGAACCAUCUCGACGCGGAUCGGUCAAUUGACCGCAUUGGAAGGAUUGGCUCUGUACUUUUUCCAAGCCAAACCGGGGAGCAGUAGCACUGUACCCACCGAAAUUGGGCUGCUCAGCAAUUUGCGUGGCAUUGGCUUGAACGACAAUCAUCAUUCGGGCACGUUGCCCACCCAACUUUGGAAACUGACCCAACUGAGUACCAUUAUUACCAGUCGGAAUCCGCAACUUCACUUUCAAAUCCCGACCGAGAUUGGAUUGUUCUCCCAGUUGCGAUGGCUCAAUGUCGAUGACUGCAACAUUGGUGGAACCCUUCCAACAGAGCUAGGACUGGUCAAAUCCCUGGAAUGGAAUGCCAUGGGAGGGAAUCAAAUCUCUGGAUUCAUCCCAAGUGAGUUGGGACUUCUCACCAAUCUGCGUCAAGCAUCCUAUUAUGGCAAUCAGUUCCACGGGACGAUCCCCACCGAAAUUGGACAAAUGACAUCUCUCAACCUCCUCUCGUUUCGAGCCAACGCCUUGCUCACAGGCACAGUGCCAUCCGAGCUAGGGCAACUUACAUCGCUCACAUUCUCGCUCAAUCUGCAGGACAACCCACAUCUUUCGGGGACGCUCCCCACAACGCUCGGGCGAUUGACCAAUCUACAAAAGCUUUCCGUGGUCAACAACAAUCAUUCUGGACCACUGUUCACCGAGCUCGGAUACCUCACAGCACUCCAACGGCUCAAUGUUGCCAACAACUCAUUCACGGGGACCAUCCCGGAGGAAUUAUCCGCAUUGCAGUCAUCCCUGUACGCGGUAGGGUUGCAAGGCAACACGCGACUGUCUGGCACGGUUCCACCCGCCUUGUGCCGUCUCAAUGGCACUUGUGCAGUGACGGCUUUGAUCGAUUGCGGGACAACCUCGGGUCUCGUGUUUGACUGCACGUCCCUGCUUUGUGGAUGCGGGUGCACGUCGUGUGGUGAGGAUGGCAUGGCGAACAAUGAAACUUCUACCACAAUCUUACUACCACAAGGCUAACUGUGUACUAGCCUAAAGUUUUUUGGAGUCUUUGAGCUGGAUGGUCUGUAGCGGCCGCAGUUUGGGUACGGUCAGGACAUUGCUAGCUAG